AUGGCUCGCAUUGUUGGGUUUCUGAUACUUGCAAUUUCCGCACAAGCUAUGGCUGAGUUCGACGUGGACCCGGAUCAAUGUCAGGUCAUUUUUGAUAACUUCCCUUACUGUACGGAUUUUCUCAUCGGUUCAAACGAUUUUCCUACAAGCCAAUGUUGUCAACGGGUAUACGACUUCAAUGAAUUAGCUAAGCAUGGAAUGGGGCCAAGAGAUAUCUGUGAGUGCAUUGAAAUAGUGACAAGGACGAUCCCAAUGAGGUUAAGUGCCGACCGUAUCAGCGAUCUUCCUGUUAGUAAUGGGACCAACACUUAUCUGUCACUGCAUCGAAGAUGUGGCAAGGACACUUCCAACAAUGAUAAGCCUUCAAACCAAGCUUUUCUCGUUUCUGAGUAUAUGGACUGCAGCAGGUAA